AAACAAGUGAAGCGAAUGAACUCUUCCCGCCAUAGCCAUGGGAAUGGACAGAGCGCAAUGUGCCUAUAACGCUUUGGAUGAAGCGUUCCAAAUUGGAAAAGAAACGUAUAGGGGGCAGCAAUACAGCCAAAUUUACUUCGCUCGCCUUCACUUGAUGCGAACUCUCUUGUAUUCUCUUAUUCCCCAUUGGAAACCUAAUUUGACUGUAUGCACGGUGUUGGGGUUGGAAGAGGGCAAGGAGUGUGUCAUUGUUGGAACCCUCUAUAAACACAUGAACCUCAAACCUUCCGUACUUGAUGAGUAUUCUAAGAAGAGAUCGGUGGUUCCACUUGUCAAGCUGCAUAACUUUGUGCACCCAGACGAUCACCUCGUUUUGGAAGAUGAAAGCGGGAGGGUUAAGCUCAGUGGGAAUCUCAUUUCGCCAUCUGAAUAUGUAACAGGGAUUGUGGUUGCUUUACUUGGAAAGGAAACAGGGGCAGGUCACUUUUUGGUUCAGGAUGUACUAGAGGCUGGCUUACCUCCACAGAUAGAAUUUCCCCUUAAAUCAAGGGAAGACAAAUUUGUUGUUCUUGUGUCGGGGUUAAGUGUUGGGAGCAGCAACGCUAAUCCUCUUCAGUUUCAGCUUCUCAUUGAUCAUAUUACAGGGCAUUUAGGAGAUGAGAAGGAGCAAAGUAUUGCUUCACAAAUUGUUCAUGUUGUUAUUGCUGGAAAUUCUGUUGAGAUACCUCAUGGGCUUCUCAAUGGACAGAAUUUGGCUUCAAAAGACCUCUCAAGGAUGGCUGAGCCGAUAAAGGAGCUAGAUAUUCUGUUGAAUCAGAUAGCUGCUGGUUUGCCUUUGGAUAUCAUGCCUGGACCCAAUGACCCUGCUAAUUUCUCAUUACCACAACAGCCAUUGCAUAGGUGCCUUUUCCCCGGGUCAUCAGCAUAUAAUACUUUUAGAUCUUGUACAAAUCCUCAUUCUUUUGAGCUUGAUAAUGUCAGGUUUCUUGGGACAUCAGGUCAAAAUGUAGAUGAUCUUGAGAAGUAUUCAGAGGCGAAAGAUAAACUUGAAUUCAUGGAAAGGACAUUAAGAUGGAGGCAUUUAGCACCCACUGCACCUAAUACUCUUGGAUGUUAUCCUUAUACUGAUAAGGAUCCAUUUUUCAUUGAGAGCUGUCCUCAUGUUUACUUUGUUGGAAAUCAGGAUAAAUAUGAAACUCGUGUGGUAGAGGGAACAGAAGGGCAGUUGGUGAGACUUAUAUGUGUUCCUAAAUUCAAUGAAACGGGAAUUGCCGUUAUGCUAAAUUUGAGGGACCUUGAAUGUCAUGCUCUUAGUUUUGGAACUCAGUUCAACUCAUAACGGUGCAGAAUGAAGUUCUUCCGAUAGGUUAUGGAAAGUUUGUUGAUUGUGCUGCCACACAUGUAUCUUUGGAGACAAAGAGAAGAACUGCAAAUUGAAGCUUAAAGUUGAAGAAGGCUGUAACUCUCCGUUUCUUUGGUGUAAUAUACUAAUAUUAUCUUUGUAAUAUGCUACUAUAUUAACUUGCAUAUGUAUUUUCGUAUUAGUUUUCAAUUUAACAUAGUAUUUACACAUGUGCAUUUUGUUUGACAGCAGAUAGUCUGAACAUUUCAAUUUUGAAAUAAUCAAGGUUUUUCC